UCUGUCUUAACAUUCUUAACAUCACAACAGCAUAACCUCCAAACAGUCGAAACACUAAUACCCCUAGACAAUAGACAUAUAUAAUAUAUAUAACUUGUGUGAAACUGGAAGACAAUCAUGAUUUUAAGAAAAAUUUUAACUCAUACGCAACCGUUUAUUAAUCACAAGCAUUUAAUUCCUCCUGCUGUUAAUAUCGUUAGAUAUAAAACGUCAGAGGUUGAGAAAGCACAAACCGCAUCAAAAGACAAGCAGCAAACAACAAUUUUUGACAAAAUCAUCUCGAAAGAAAUUCCUGCAGAUAUAAUUUAUGAAGAUGAUAAAUGUUUGGCUUUUAAUGAUGUAAAUCCCCAAGCGCCUGUACAUUUUUUGGUGAUUCCCAAGCAGCGAAUUCCUAUGCUUGAUUCAGUCAAAGACAGUGAUAAAGACAUAAUGGCAGAAUUAGUUCUCAGGGCUCAAAAGUUGGCUAAAGAACGUCUUCCAAAUGGUUACAGAUUGGUGAUAAAUAACGGAAAACAGGGCUGCCAGUCGGUUUAUCAUUUACACAUACAUAUCUUAGGGGGGCGCCAACUUGGGUGGCCCCCAGGUUAAUAUUUAACGAUAUUUGUAACAUUGUUGAUGUACAUAAAAGCAUAAAUAAAUCAACUGUUAUUAAA